GCCAGUGGGCAGGCGCGCGGGCGGCCGGGCCGGGACGCGCUCUGCGGCGGGGCAGCCCACGGGCCGAGCGAGCAUGCGGGGGGACCGGGCGGCCGGGCGGCCGGCGCUGCCGUCGCCACCUCUGCUGCUGCUGCUGCUGUCGCGGGUCGCGGCGCUGCACCCGGGCGAGCUCUUCCCCCACGGGGAGUUGUUGGGGGACCAGCUCCUGCUGGAAGGCGACGACGAAAGCUCAGCCGCGGUGCAGUUGGCGAUUCCCUUGCGCUUCUACGAAGCCCAGUUCAGCACCCUCUACGUGGGCACCAACGGCAUCAUCUCCACCCAGGACUUCCCCAGGGAGACUCAGUAUGUGGACGACGAUUUCCCCACAGACUUCCCAGCCAUCGCCCCCUUCCUGGCCGACAUCGACACGAGCCACGGCAGGGGCCGGGUCCUGUACCGCGAGGACACCUCCCUGCCAGUGCUGGGCCUGGCCGCCCGCUAUGUGCGCGCAGGCUUCCCGCGCUCCGCCGCGCGCUUCACCCCCACCCACGUCUUCCUGGCCACCUGGGAGCAGGUGGGCGCCUAUGAGGAGGUCACACGAGGGGCGGAGCCCUCGGGGGAGCUGAACACUUUCCAGGCAGUUUUGGCGUCUGAUGGGUCUGAUACCUACGCCCUCUUUCUUUAUCCUGCCGAUGGCCUUCAGUUCUUUGGAACACGCCCCAAGGAGUCUUACAACGUGCAGCUCCAGCUGCCAGCUCGGGUGGGCUUCUGCCGAGGGGAGGCUGAUGACCUGAAGAGAGAAGGACCGUAUUUCAGCUUGACCAGCACUGAACAGUCUGUGAAAAAUCUCUACCAACUAAGCAACCUGGGCAUCCCUGGAGUGUGGGCUUUCCAUAUUGGCAGCACCUCCCCACUGGAUAAUGUCAAGCCAGCAACAGCUGGAGGAGAACUUUCCACUGCCCACUCUUCGGCUCCCUUGGAGCCUUCCUUCAGCCAAGCUGCAGCCCUAGAGAGGGACUACACUGAGGACAACUUGGAUUAUUAUGAUGAGAAUGAAGAGGAAGUGGAAUACCCGCCGAGUGAGCCAGAGGAGGCAUCCAACAGCCACAGCAGCAUCCAUGUUGCCCUCCACCCAGAAGCUGACUCGGAGCCUGUAGGAGGUGGGAUCUCCCCUCCACAGUCUGCCCUGGCCUCCCCUCCACCAUACCCAACACCUAGUUCUUGGCCACUCUACCCUGAAACAGAACCUGCCACCUUGGACCCUCAAACCAAAGAGGGGGCAUCUUUGGAGGAAGUAGAGGCCCCCAGUUUAAAAGUUGAGUCUCCAGACCAGACAGGGACCAGAAACCAGGCUCCACCAGAGGUGGAUGGAGAAUCACUGGCUCCUUCCUGGGGGGCCCCACCACCCCACCCUGGAAAUAGAAGCAUCCAGCCCCACCCAGGUGAAGCGGCGGUGCCUUCAGAAAGGGAUGUUCCUCCAGCCCAUCCUGAAGGAGAAGUUGUUCUUCCAAAUUACCCUGUGCUGGCUCACAUUCCACCCCUGAGUCGAGGGACGUAUGUAGUAGGAGUGGAAGAUGACAUCGGUUCCAACACCCAGGUCUUCACCUAUAAUGCUGCCAACAAGGAAACCUGCGAACACAACCACGGACAGUGCUCCCGGCAUGCCUUCUGCACGGACUACGCCACCGGCUUUUGCUGCCACUGCCAGUCCAGCUUCUACGGCAACGGGAAGCACUGUCUGCCGGAAGGGGUACCCCAUCGAGUCAAUGGGAAAGUGAGUGGCCACCUCCGUGUGGGCCACAUGACCACUGUGCGCUUCACCGACAUGGACCUGCACGCCUAUGUCGUGGGCAACGAUGGCAGGGCCUACACGGCCAUCAGCCACAUCCCGCAGCCCGCGGCCCAGGCCCUUCUGCCCCUCACUCCAAUCGGAGGCCUGUUUGGCUGGCUCUUCGCUUUAGAAAAACCAGGCUCUGAGAACGGCUUCAGCCUCACAGGUGCUACCUUUAUCCAUGAUAUGGAAGUUACUUUUUACCCAGGAGAGGAGAGGGUUCAUAUCACUCAAACUGCUGAGGGACUUGACCCAGAGAACUAUCUGAGCAUUAAGACCAACAUUCAAGGGCAGGUGCCUUACAUCCCAGCAAAUUUCACGGCCCACGUUUCUCCCUACAAGGAGCUUUACCAUUACUCAGACUCAGCCGUGACCUCCACAAGUUCCAGAGACUACUCUCUCACUUUUGGUGCAAUCAACCAAACACGGUCCUACCGCGUGCAGCAGAACAUCACUUACCAGGUGUGCAGACACACCCCCAGACACCCGGCCAGCCCCACCACCCAGCAGCUGAACGUGGACCGGGUUUUCGCCUUGUACAGUGAUGAAGAAAGAGUACUUAGAUUUGCUGUGACCAAUCAAGUUGGCCCCGUUGAAGAGGACUCGGACCCCGCUCCAGUGAAUCCUUGCUAUGAUGGGAGCCACACGUGUGACACAACAGCCCGGUGCCAUCCAGGGACAGGUGUAGAUUACACCUGCGAGUGCGCAUCGGGAUACCAGGGAGAUGGGCGGAGUUGUGUGGAUGUAAAUGAAUGUGCAACUGGCUUCCACCGCUGUGGCCCCAACUCUGUGUGUAUCAACUUGUCUGGGAGCUACAGGUGUGAGUGCCGGAGCGGGUAUGAGUUUGCAGAUGACCAGCACACUUGCAUCUUGAUCGCCCCGCCUCCCAACCCCUGCGAGCACGGCAGCCACACCUGCGCGCCUGCUGGGCAGGCCCGGUGCAUUCCCCACGGGGACGGCACGUUCAGCUGCGCCUGCCUGCCUGGCUACACCGGCAAUGGGCACCAGUGCUCCGAUGUUGAUGAAUGCACGGAAAACAGAUGUCACCCCUCAGCUACCUGCUACAAUACCCCUGGUUCCUUCUCCUGCCACUGCCAACCUGGAUAUCACGGGGAUGGAUUUCAGUGCACACCUGACUCUACCUCGGGCCUGAAACCCUGUGAACACCAGCAGCGCUAUGCCCGAGCACAGCACGCCCACCCUGGGGCCCGGCUCCACGUCCCCCAGUGCGAUGAGCAGGGCAACUUCCUGCCACUGCAGUGUCAUGGCAGCACUGGCUUCUGCUGGUGUGUGGACCAUGAUGGUCAUGAAGUCCCUGGGACCCGGACUCCACCGGGCUCUACCCCGCCUCACUGUGGACCACCACCAGAGCCCACCCAGAGGCCCCGGACCGUCUGUGAGCGCUGGAGGGAAAACCUGCUGGAGCACUACGGCGGCUCGCCCAGGGACGACCAGUACGUGCCCCAGUGCGACGACCUGGGCCACUUCACCCCCCUGCAGUGCCACGGCAAGAGUGACUUCUGCUGGUGUGUGGACAAAGACGGCAGAGAGGUGCAGGGCACCCGCUCCCAGCCAGGCACCACCCCCGCGUGUAUACCCACGGUCGCUCCGCCCACCGUCCGGCCCACGCCCCGGCCUGACGUGACGCCUCCGGCCGUGGGCACCUUCCUGCUGUAUGCCCAGGGCCAGCAGAUCGGCCACUUGCCCCUCAACGGCACCAGGCUUCAGAAGGACGCAGCCAAGACCCUGCUGUCGCUGCAUGGCUCCAUAGUCAUUGGAAUCGAUUACGACUGCCGGGAGAGGAUGGUGUACUGGACAGAUGUUGCCGGGCGGACAAUCAGCCGUGCCAGUCUGGAACCGGGAGCAGAGCCUGAGACAAUUGUUAAUUCAGGUCUGAUAAGCCCCGAAGGACUUGCCAUCGACCACUUCCGCAGAACGAUGUACUGGACAGACAGUGGCCUGGAUAAGAUAGAGAGGACUCGGCUGGAUGGCUCUGAGCGCAAGGUCCUCUUCCACACAGAGCUGGUGAAUCCCCGCGCCAUCGCUGUGGAUCCAAUCGGAGGCAACUUGUACUGGACAGACUGGAAUAGAGAAGCUCCUAAAAUUGAAACAUCUUCUUUAGAUGGAGAAAACAGAAGAAUUCUGAUCAAUAAAGACAUUGGAUUACCCAAUGGUUUAACCUUUGACCCCUUCUCCAAACUGCUCUGCUGGGCAGAUGCAGGAACCAAAAAACUGGAGUGCACACUACCUGAUGGAACUGGACGGCGUGUCAUUCAAAAUAACCUCAACUACCCCUUCAGCAUUGUUAGCUAUGCAGAUCACUUCUACCACACGGACUGGAGGAGGGACGGUGUUAUAUCAGUAAAUAAAGACAGUGGUCAGUUUACUGAUGAGUAUCUCCCAGAGCAGCGAUCUCAUCUCUACGGGAUAACUGCAGUCUACCCCUACUGCCCCACAGGAAGAAAGUAAACAGGACCAUGUUAAAGGUGGACUUGGAGUUUACAAUCAGAACCUGGACCCUAAAGAACAUGUACUGCAAACAAAGGUGAAGAAAGUGGAAAAGGAAUUGGCCAUGAGAAGUUCUGGGACCUACAAGAUGAACAUUUUUAGUGCAAAAAGACUAAGUAUAUUUUGUGAAAAGUUUAUACCUCAAUCUUUACUACUGUAAGUUUUAAAAAGGUAAUAGAAUUUUAAUUGUUGCUUAUUAAAGCAACUUUUUGUAAACACUUAUAUUUAAAAGGUCAAAUUCAACUAAGAAUGAGAGUUUAAGACGCUAAAUCUGAUUUUUGCUAUAGAUUCUUUCUGGCCAAGAAAUUAAAACAUGUGAGAGUAUAAAAAUAUACAAUCCUAAGGAUCAUAAACUUUGAUAUACAGAAGCCAAUGCAGAACUGAUGGGAAAUGACCAGUUUAUAGUUUCCCAACAAAAGGUCUAACUUUUUUUUUUUACCUCUGCAUCAGUGCAUUUCUAUUUAUAUCAAAAGGUGCUAGAAUGAUUCAAUCUAUUUUCUCAUCCUUGUAAGUGCCUCUAUAGAAGCACCCACAGAAAACACUACAUUAAUAAAUACCAAAGACGUAACAGUUCUCAAAUUUUCUAUGUUAUUCCAAUAAAAUAUUUUAAGUUUU